ACUUGGCAGAUUUUCCCUCUCGACUCACUCAUCCCGCAUAUUUUUACUCGCACAACUCGGGAUCGUGGCCGACGGCUCAAGUCAAUUCUGCUUCCAUCGGGUUACGGGACUGGCACUAUGGCCACAUCAGGAUCAUCGGAUCAGCCCAUCGCUCUGGCCGAGGGCCGGCGCAUCUACCUUGGCAACCUCCUCUACAUCGUCCAGCCGGUCGAAAUCGAGGAGAUGCUCAAGGACAACGGCUUCUCGGAGUACGACAAGAUUCACAUCUCGAUGGACCCCGUCACCGCUCGCAACCCGGGGUAUUGCUUUGUCGACUUCAAGACCCGCGCUGAUGCCGAGCGGGCCCUUUCAUCCCUUGACACAAGCAUCCGCAGCAGGCCUCUCAAGGUCGGCCCUUGUGAGCCCAAGAGACAGCAGGCAAACCGUUGGACAAGCUACAAGGAUUCCAAUUUCAACCGAUGGGGCAACUGGUCCGGGCAGAGAGGCCAGGCUGGAGAUAACUCGGAAGAGGGAGGAGUGCAGAAUGGCAAGGGCGAUAAGCGCCGCAUCGAGAACGGCCCUUACGGAGCCAUCGAACACUUUGACGAGGUCGUUGCCACAGAUACCGAUGGAAGGCGGCUUUACAUUGGCGGCUUGCCCAAAAUGAUCGAUCAGCAGCAAAGUCAAGAUGAGAUGCGUGAAAUUUUGACCGGUUUCGAUCCGGUGGCCAUCAGCAAACGGAUCACUCCUCACGAGUCGACGAGGUCGAUGCCGGGGAACCAUCACUACUGCUUUGUCGACUUUGCAACUGUCGACGAGGCUUCUGCCGCGCUUAAAGCGUUGAACGGGAAGCUGUGGGCUGACGAACGAUUACGCGUCAACGUAGCCAAGCCUCUGCCGGACAAGUUGAAAGACCGCCUCCAUCCCAGGAAUGAGAGGGACCCCCCCAGUAGGGACAACACGGUCUGGAGUGAUAAACCCACGCGCAAGAACCAGUCCUCGGCAGGCGAGCGUUCAUCAUGGAGGAAACCCAGCAACAACGAUUCCAGUAGAAACAGCAAUCCCUCGCAACCGCUUAGGUCUCUGGCUUCUGGAAACUGGCGUACAAAAGAGUAAAUUUAACCAGCCCCUGAAAGCGAUUGUUCUGUGUGCCAAUAAGGGCUCUGUAACGAAAACCCCAUGUAAGCGAUUCAGACUCGCAAUGUUGGUCCCGUUGGGUAUCUUUAGAAGAGUUCCAAAUUGCCAGCCAGGUAUAUAUAUAUAUAUAUAUAUAUA